AUGCCUACCUAUCUCUGUCACGGCUUUCGUUGGGACCGCCGAAGUAUUCGAGUUUUUGUCGUUGUCCAAAAUAUCGAUGAUGCCGCCCCGGAAUGGAUCAUAGCGCCAAACUCUUCUCCCGCUAUUCUCGAAUCCUUCUACUCCCUCUUCGAUUUUCUCCCCGAACCACCUCCCGAAGAUACCGAAGCCCAACGAGAAAAGAAGAAGCGGAAUAAGUCCAAGCCUCUCAAAGCUGGUGUUCUCAGGAACGAAUAUGAUGUGCCACCCUCAACUGUGCCUCCCGAGGAGGACGAUGUGUUGCAGAACAGCUGGAGUGCCGUGAAGCUGCUCGAAGAAUACGACCCGACAGAUUUGAGCUACGUCAGCCGCCCCUACGCCUACGUCGCCGACCAUGUCGUGCGCAUCGAUUUGAGUAACUCAAUCGCGGAGGAGAUCAUGCGCUAUGAAGAGCGGUUGGGCGAGACAAAGGCCAUGGCCAGCACCCCGAGUGAUGAGUUUUACAAGGCCAAGAAGGGCUCGACAUCGGGGAAAAAGGCAGGGUGGUUUGAGAAGCUGAGGGAUCAGCUGCAACGUGGUGAAGAUAUCCGAUGGUAUGUCGUGGUCUGUGGUGACGAGGUGCGCGACUUCCCCGAAGAUAUGGGUGCAGCCAAGGAGCAAGCGAGGGAGGACGACCCACGGGAUGCAGAAAGCGAGACUCCGAGGGGUCGCGAUAGGAGUGCAGGCCCAUCUUCGAGACCGGCAGCCUCGCCCAAGGAGUACAUAUCAAGCGUACCGGCCAGCCAAUUCGCGUCGGCAAUGUCCCCGCAGCAAUUACAAGUCUCGCCAAAGGAGGCGGGACUGCCCUAUGGCACCCUUUUCCAGCACCCCAACAUGAACACGGGGGAAACGCCAGCACUAUUACAAACGAAGCCAUCUAUGGACUUUAGGCCCAAGACGCCCAAGGGUGGUGGCUUCAGGAGGCUCUUUGGGAAAAAAGACGAGCCAUGA